UUUGUUAAAUCAACACAACUUCAUUGGCUAGCAAACACAUAGAACACGUGCACAUUUCCACACAAUAUUACACAGAACAAUGCAGAAGCGUAAACGCCGCUUCCUAAGAAAGGGAGAAAACUUGAUGAUGUUGCGAACAAUCCGAUUGGAAAAAGCAAAAAAGGCCGAGCAGCAGAAAGAGCUGACUAUCUCCAAUGCCAUAACCAGAUGCAAAUUAGCCUCCGCGGAAGUUAUUCCUGACAUCAAUGAGUUACUCCAGAACAAUACGAUUGGAAACCUGGUGGAUUCGCUUGGCCGCGAUAAUAAGAAGAAAAUUCGAGCCGAGUCCGCAGAUGCUUUAGCUCAUAUAGCCAGUGGCUCAUCUGAACACUCGAACUUAAUUGCGAAGGCCGGCGCCGUACCACGAUUGAUUCGCCUCUUGCAAUCAUCCGAUCCGGAAGUCUGCGAAAAGGGGAUUUUGAGCUUGGGAAAUCUGCUACACUUUGCCCCAAACCUCCGUGACUUUAUCAUAAGUCACGGAUUUGUGCAAAAGCUGAUAUCUUUAAUUCAGGAUAAAAGCACUUCCACCGUCAUUUUGAGUCAUUUAACCUGGGUUCUAAGGAAACUGUGCAUAAGCCCUCAACCGUCGCCACCUGAUGAUUUAGCUGGCAUCCUUCAGGCCUUGAACAUUCUAUUGUACAACCCGGAGGCCAAAAUACUAGAAGACUCACUUAUGGCAGUGCGUAAUUUGGCCCAUGGAAGUGAUAUGAUUCAAAUACUCCUUGGCACUGAAGUUGUACCCAGGAUCAUAUACCUACUGGAGCAUAAUGAUGUCAUGGUUCAGAAGGCCGCUGUGCAGGCCCUAAGAAAUAUAGCCUCUGGAUCCGAAGAGCAGAUUCAAGAGUUGCUCAAGAACAAUCUUUUGCCCCAUAUAUCUGCACUGAUGUCCCACACUGAUGCGGAUAUUCGCAGUCAAGUUCUCUGGCUGCUGCAGAACAUCGCUGAUGGAAAUCACUUCCAUAGACAGGCCAUUAUGAACGCAGGUCUCUUGCCUAAGAUACUGGAGAACUUGAAGGCUGAAGCGAUACCAUUGAAAUGUGCAGCUGCCUUGACAAUCACCAUGCUGGCUAUCGAUAAGGACAAGAAUCUCCUGUGCUAUCUUAUGAGACAGGGUGUGAUUCCGGAGUUCUGCAAUUUACUCUUCUACGAGGACAACGAAGUCAUAUGUAAUUUGCUUCAUGUCCUGAGCACCAUGCUGGAUGUGGACCCAUCUUUUACGGCAGAGGUGACCGGCAUCAUCGAGUGGAGUGGGGCUCUGAACAAUAUCAAGAUGCUCCAAAGCAACGAAAACGAGGAAAUUUCCCAAGUGGCACGAAAGAUGAUUAGUGACUACUUUUCCGGUACACAGCCGCACAUCGCAACUAAAUUCAAAUGUGUUCAACAUAAUGUUCUCGAAUCUUCAUUAUUCAUAUACCUUUGUACUUUUGCAGCCAAAUUCCAAAACAUCUGCUAUAUCUAGUUGUUUUAUAUUGAGUUCAAGUUUUGGGUGAAUAUAAAUUGUAUUGUA